UUUGUUAAGGCCUAUAGAUUUUUGUUGUUGUUGUUGUUAUUAUUUGAACAUCUUCAAAGCCAGAUUCAUAACAAAAAUGUAAUAUUGCCAUAGGGAUGCAUUUAAGGAUUGAGUAUAAGGUUGAAUCACGAUUUAUGCUUUAUGUGUCUGUAAAUCUCUUUCACAUCUAAUCUCCUGUUUCACGUUCCUACAGUUGGUCUGAUUCAGAAGUUCCUGAUUCUACAGAGCCACUGACGAAGAGCAUAUAAAAGAAGAAACUCUACCUGUCUACUGUGCACAAAGAGCUCUCAGCAACCCCUUUGCAUGCGAGAAUACCUCUAAUGUGCCUCAAACGCAAUACUUGGUGUGAUCUGUGUAUCGAUCUGAGAUAUUCAGAGGGACUCGCUUGCUGUCUCUGGAUGGCAUCAUCACCUCCGCCGCAUCUUCACGAUGAAGGAUGAACCUGCAGACUGCUUGGAUGGAGUAAUAAGUAACGGUCCAAAAGAAGAGAUUCUACAGAACUUUCAGUUUCCUGGUGAAGUUCAGCAUGUUGUCCAGCUGGUGAUCAUGAAGACUUUGGGACAGUCUGAUUUAAAGAGUGAAUCUGCGAACUCAGAUGUCAAAACGACAGGUGGUUUCAAAGCAUUCUUCAUAAGGGGUCCUACACAGCGGGACUCAUUCCAUAUCGCUUUCGGGUCAAAAGUUCUCGGACCCCCUCUGCACACCGCCAGGAAGAGUAGCACAUCUGCAAACAGGAAAGAAGAAAGACCCAAGUCUGAACUGAGCCUCAGCAUACCGUCUGGCAGAACUGAAAAUGUACAGCCACGACCUCCACUUGAAAGGCCAUCCGCUGAGAAAAUGGGCUCUAGGAGACCACAGAGAAUCCAGAAUGUGAGGAGAGAAUAAUCAAACACAGAUGAAGAAAGUAGCAAAAUUAGCCUGGACCCAGAGGGACCUCAGCUUCAAGGAAAAAUUGCAUUAUCUUCACUUCACAUUCUGGGAUCUGAUUUACCAGUAGAAGGCAAACUAACCAAUCCAGUUCUACGAGAGCGUCUGCUGACUACAGAUGAUGCUGACCUUUGUGACACAGAAACUGAGUUCUCUCUCAGCGAAGAGGAAUACGAAGAAGAAGUCUUCACUUUCUCCUCAUGCCCUCACUCUGCCAGACAGAAUCAGGCUAGUUGCAACCCUGUUGAGGAUUUGACCUUUGGCCAAGGUCACAAGCUGGUAACAGAAGGAAAGCGCAAAGAUGCUCGUCUGGAGGAUGAUUUUGUCAGUAGUGAGAGUGAAGAGGAUGAAAAACAUACCAAGUUCCUUCAGAGAUGUGCAGUCCAUUCCAUUAUUGCUCCCCCACCACCUCCUUCAGUUAAAAAAUACACAGUCCUACCCAAGUUCUUUUGUGAGCCAAUUAAGACUCAGGCCUCCACAGUCCAGCAUGUCUCUGAAGGACCAAAGAGACAUCAACCCCUGCGAAUAGCGCCAGCCCACUGCCUCUCACCCAAUACCAGACAAGGGAGCGGACUGGAUCCCAAAGCUGGCAGAGCGUUGCCUGAUGGAGAUACCAGGAUAUCUAUCAACAGAGCAUCUGGGUGAGAAAUUUCACAGAAGAAUUAUGGCCUCCAAAAAGUGAGUGUAGAUGAGAGGGUUCAACAUUUGGGCUCCAGCAGGUGUGAUCUGAGGAGAAGUCAAGAUGAAGAGGAUGAGGAAGAUGAGCUGUGAAUGUUGGCCAGUUUGAAGAGAGAGCAGGAGGAAGAAGGAGACAUGGACAUGGGUGGCCCGGGCCUUAGUGCAUCACAGGUAGCGCACUGCAAUAUAAGUCUGAGUGCAAGCAGCGAUGACACCUCAAACUGGACUCAGUGUAUACCUUUGCCAGUGGAUCAAGGCCAGCACUAUCAGGAAGAAAUGUACCCUCUUCUUCACUCUAAUCCCAGAGAAUGGAUGGAUGUCCUCAGCCUUCCAAUAGUUAAUCCAAAUCAACAGAUGGCAGAUGGGAAAGGAGACCACGGCAAGGUCUCACCCAGAGGCGAGUUAUCAGGGUUUUCAGGAUAUUGA